UCCUUCCCGCUGUGCUUCCCCAAGCCUGGCCCUCUACAGAGAGCCGUGGCGGAGGGCAACUACCCGCCCCUCGGGCCGUUCACGGCCAUGUUCGAGAGUGACUUUCUGCAGGUCACCAACAAGGGGGAGCCUGUCUUCCUGCACAAGAAGGAGAACCCGGUGACCAUGGCUGUGGCCUCCUCCUUCCCGGGGCUCCUGCUCCCGGACCUCGUCCUGCUGGCCCGGCCCGUCCAAAGCAAGAAGCAGCCUCCGCGGCUGGAGCUCACCAGGCUGCUGCCGGCACAGCUGGUCCGCCUGUUUGUCCACAGCGAGGCCGGAUGGAGGCUGAAGCUCCGCCUGGCCUCCGGCCGCAGUUUCUACCUGAGGCUGGUGGCCGAGCCGGCCGAGGGCUGCCUCCUGUUCAACCGCUGGCGCUUCCUGAUCUUCCUGAUGCAGGGGCCCAUCCCGGCCUGGGCCCGGAGCCCCGACGAGCAGGCCGCCCAGGACGAGAGCGCCCCGAUGUCCGCAGCGGAGGCCCCCCCCAAACGGAAGGAGGUGGCCUUCCCUCCCCAGUACCCCGUCCCGAGGACCAAGGGGAGCCCGGGCUGGACCUGGGACAAAGCACUGCACUACCCCGGGCCGCUCUCCCAACUGAUGGACCAGCAGAGCGCCCAGGCCCUCCCGGAAGUGAUGUCGAGAGCGGAAGCCGCCCCCAUGUCCUUCCGGUCCCAACAGAAGCUCCCAGUCAGGAGAGAAGAAAAGCAGAAAUCAGAGCCCACCCUUUUCAGGAGGAGCACCCCGGGGAGCCUAGUGGAAGUGGAAGGGCAGCCGAGAGUCACCAUCCGGACUCUGUUCUCCACAAUUUCCGGGUCUCACCUGUCUAAGGCUGCCUCACCAGCGGAGACGUCCUCUUCAGGGCCCUCCAGGCCACCCUCCCAAGAGCACCCCCAGGAGCCGGGCACUGCCAACAAGCUGCCGCUCCCCCAAGAGCAGCCGCAGCCCCAGGAGCUCCCCCAAGAGCAGCCGCAGCCCCAGGAGCUCCCCCAAGAGCAGCCGCAGCCCCAGGAGCUCCCCCAAGAGCAGCCGCAGCCCCAGGAGUUCCCCCAAGACCAGCCGCAGCCCCAGGAGCUCCCCCAAGACCAGCCGCAGCCCCAGGAGCUCCCCCAAGAGCAGCCGCAGCCCCAGGAGCUCCCCCAAGACCAGCCGCAGCCCCAGGAGCUCCCCCAAGAGCAGCCGCAGCCCCAGGAGCUCCCCCAAGACCAGCCGCAGCCCCAGGAGCUCCCCCAAGAGCAGCCGCAGCCCCAAGAGCUCCCCCAAGACCAGCCGCAGCCCCAGGAGCUCCCCCAAGAGCAGCCGCAGCCCCAGGAGCUCCCCCAAGAGCAGCCACAGCCCCGAAGGCUGUGCAAAUGUCAGAGAAUACAGGAGCCGCCACUGCGGGUUAAGGUUCGGGACACCUUAGGGGAGCCCAGAACCCUGGCCGAAGGCCUUUUAAAAAGAAUAGAGGCCUGGGAUGCCUGGCGGUUCGGGUGGGUCCGCUGCCAGCCUCCGGAAGCCGCCCGGGUCGCCACAGAGCAGCCCAAGGACAACCCGAGGGACGGUCCGGAGCCCACCCAGGCCUCACAGCCCUGCGCCAGUUUCAAGGCUCUGAGGAAGGCUAUCCAGAAGCCACCGAGCUGGCUCACCAGAGCAUGGCAACAGGGCAAAAAGGUGGUCUGCACCUGUACCAGGGGCUCCAGCUAAUCCCCUGCCCAGGCCACCUAACUGCAUUAGAUUUUUUUUUUAUUUUUUUUAAAUAUAUUUUAUUUGAUUAUU